AUGGAAGUGGGUAUACUAGGGGAACCAAGGGUCGGGAAGUGUGUACCAAUGGAUGGAGAGCAGGAAUCGAGGGUUGGGAAGGGGAAUGUACCUAAAGCCCCAUACCUGGAGCCUGUACCCAAAGCCCCAGACCUGGAGCCUGUACUUAAAGCCCCAGACCUGAAGCCUGUACCCAAAGCCCCAGACCUGGAGCCUGUACUUAAAGCCCCAGACCUGGAGCCUGUACUUAAAGCCCCAGACCUGGAGCCUGUACUUAAAGCCCCAGACCUGGAGCCUGUACCCAAAGCCCCAGACCUGGAGCCUGUACUUAAAGCCCCAGACCUGAAGCCUGUACCCAAAGCCCCAGACCUGGAGCCUGUACUUAAAGCCCCAGACCUGAAGCCUGUACCCAAAGCCCCAGACCUGGAGCCUGUACUUAAAGCCCCAGACCUGAAGCCUGUACUUAAAGCCCCAGACCUGGAGCCUGUACUUAAAGCCCCAGACCUGGAGCCUGUACGCAAAGCCCCAGACCCGGAGCCUGUACUUAAAGCCCCAGACCUGAAGCCUGUACCCAAAGCCCCAGACCUGAAGCCUGUACUUAAAGCCCCAGACCUGGAGCCUGUACCCAAAGCCCCAGACCUGGAGCCUGUACUUAAAGCCCCAGACCUGAAGCCUGUACCCAAAGCCCCAGACCUGGAGCCUGUACUUAAAGCCCCAGACCUGAAGCCUGUACCCAAAGCCCCAGACCUGGAGCCUGUACUUAAAGCCCCAGACCUGAAGCCUGUACCCAAACCCCGGGCCUGA